UCAGUUGCCCGCGGCCCGGGAGUCCGGCGGGGUGUCCAGCUUCACUGUGUGGCAGGCCGGCGGGAUCGUCCCCCUGGCCCCGCCACAACGGCGAGGGGAGCGGCCCCGACUGCUGGGACAUGGCAGUAGCCUCCUCGCCUGCCGCCGCCGCAAGCCCCGCGAAGUCGCUGGCUUCUGCGCGAGGGACCCCCACCGCCUCGGCAGGCUGACGAGCCGCUGCCGCCACGGAGCUGUGAGGGCUACUAUGUCCCUCUUUUGCAGCCGUCUCCCCCUCCCCGCCGCGCAGGCACCCCUCUGGCUGCCCCGUCCCGCCUCAGUCCUUGUCCUGUUUUCCACCCGGAUGACUAGCUUAAAUCCUUACAACUUUCAUAGUGGAAACACACUGAAGGAAGUAUUUAUGAAAUGGAAAAUCUUGAACUUUGGUGUUGAAUGGACCUGGUUCCAAUUCUGGCUCUACCAGCUGUAUAUCCUUAGUGUCGAACCGGAACCAAAGUAAAACUCAACAAAAAUUUAUUAUGUGUGGAGUUCCUUCUUAAAAGAAGAAAAAAGUGAUUAUUUGGACUAUGGAUCGUAGCAAACGGAAUUCAAUUGCAGGAUUUCCUCCACGUGUGGAGCGUCUUGAAGAUUUUGAAGGAGGCAGUGGAGGGGAUGGGAAUGUGACCCAGACAGGAAGAGUUUGGCCCUCUUCAUAUCGAGCUCUUAUAAGUGCCUUUUCCAGAUUGACGCGUUUAGAUGACUUCACCUGUGAAAAAAUUGGAUCUGGCUUCUUCUCUGAAGUAUUCAAGGUGUGCCACCGAGCUUCAGGUCAGGUGAUGGCUCUUAAGAUGAACACAUUGAGCAGUAACCGGGCAAACAUGCUGAAGGAAGUGCAGCUCAUGAAUAGACUCUCCCAUCCCAACAUCCUUAGGUUCAUGGGGGUGUGUGUACAUCAAGGACAGUUGCAUGCACUUACAGAGUAUAUCAACUCUGGGAACCUGGAACAGUUGUUAGACAGUAACCUGCAUUUGCCCUGGACUGUGAGGGUGAAACUGGCCUAUGACAUAGCAGUGGGCCUCAGCUACCUUCACUUCAAAGGCAUUUUCCAUCGGGACCUCACAUCUAAGAACUGCCUGAUAAAGAAAGAUGACAAUGGUUAUUACUCUGCGGUGGUGGCUGACUUUGGCCUGGCUGAGAAGAUUCCUGAUGUCAGCAUGGAGAGUGAGAAGCUGGCUGUGGUGGGCUCACCCUUCUGGAUGGCACCUGAGGUUCUCCGAGAUGAGCCCUACAAUGAGAAGGCGGACGUGUUCUCUUAUGGUAUCAUCCUCUGUGAGAUCAUCGCCCGUAUCCAGGCUGAUCCGGACUAUCUUCCCCGCACAGAGGUGAGCUGUGGAAAUGGGGUCAGUGCCACUGGGAUGGGACUGGUUUUGAAGCUACAGAACUGUUUUGCCCUUGGGGUGGAGAUGCUGGAACUCAGACUGUGGCUAUUUCUCAAGGGCAGCUUCCAGCCUUUCUUUCUCAGUUGGCGAGGAUGGGGAUUAAUGACCUGUGCCCUCCCCCCUGUGCCCCGCCAUGUUCCUUCCCAUACCCAUUCACAGAACUUUGGACUGGACUAUGACGCCUUCCAGCACAUGGUGGGAGAUUGUCCCCCGGACUUUCUGCAGCUUACCUUCAACUGCUGUAAUAUGGACCCCAAACUGCGACCAUCCUUUGUGGAGAUUGGGAAGACCCUGGAGGAAAUUCUGAGUCGCCUUCAGGAGGAAGAACUGCAGCCCACAGUCAAGGGACUCUCAGAGAAAGGACCCAGGGCAAAGCGACUGAGCACACUGGAUGACAAGAUCCCCCACAAGUCUCCACGCCCAAGACGUACCAUCUGGCUGUCACGAAGUCAGUCAGACAUCUUCUCCCGUAAGCCGCCACGUACAGUGAGCGUCUUGGACCCCUACUACCGGCCACGAGGUGGGGCUGCCCACACCCCAAAGGUCAACCCUUUCAUUGCUCGCCAGGACCUCAAGGGUGGCAAGAUCAAGUUCUUUGACCUGCCCAGCAAGUCUGUUAUCUCCCUGGUAUUUGAUCUGGAUGCACCAGGGCCUGAAACUGUACCCCAGGCUGAUUGGCAGGAGCCCCUGGCCCCAUCUGCUCACCGGUGGCGUUCUUUGCCUGGUUCACCUGAGUUCAUGCGUCGAGAAGCUUGUCCAUUCAUGGGCCGGGAGGAAUCACUAUCUGAUGGGCCCCCACCACGCCUUAGUAGUCUCAAGUACAGAGUAAGAGAGAUUCCACCAUUCCGGGCAUCUGCCCUACCGGCUACUCCAGCUCAUGAGGCCAUGGACUGUUCCAGUCUCCAGGAAGAGAAUGGUUUUGGACCCAGGCCCCUGAGGCCCAGCCCAGACCCUGCAGGUGCCUCUGAGGAGAUGGAGACAGAAGAAAGGCCAGGAAGUUUAGCCCCAGUCCCCUUUUCCAUCACAGGUAUAGGCCUGCAAACCCAGGGAGAACAGAAUGAGUGAGGGAGUUAGUCCCCUCCUCUCCUUGGGAUGGACCUUCAGCUGAAACCCUUGAUGCACAGCCUUAACUCUUCCCUGGAAACCAGAGGAGGCAGGCUAGGUCAAGCCAUGCUCAACUUUAGCUGUGUAUUAGAGGAGGGGCAUCAGUGAGAGGCCUUCUUAGUUAGGGCCACCAGCUUAUACCAAGCCUUUGAAAUCCAGCAGAGAGCUCUGGCUCCCAUCUGCCCCCUAAUGCAUUUCCCCAGACAGGACCAGAAGAUUCCUCAUUGUAGGCUGAGCUGGCAGGGUUCUUCUCCCACCCCAGGUCUGUCUCUUGCCCUUUCCCGGGGCUAUUAAGCUACUUGAUGGAACCUAGAGCUGACAAGGAGGCCAUAGAAGGCGGCUUGGCUGUUUCUCAGACCUGAAGACUGGGGAGCUUCUUGCCAGUAUGUCUAAGACACUUGAAAAUAAUUGCUGUUUGCACUUAUUGCAUGGUGAGACCGCGUCACUACAUUUCUAUGCAAGAGGAGGGCAAGGUAGCAUGGGUUACAUGGCUCUUAGCUAACCAAUUCAAAGUUCUAGUUAGCUAAUCUAUUUUCCUAUUUAUGAAGGCGUCUUAAUGUUCUGCCCUUAGGACUUUCAACCUUGUGGUUGGGAGUGGGGCUGGUUUUGUAGGCCCUAGGGCCUGCUCUAUGUAUUUGUCAACAUGUGACAUAUCCAACUGGUUAAGUAGUUUAUACAUGGACUAAUUUUCCUCCCUUCCUGCUGUGGCUGGAGCUAUGGGAACACUGUCCUUACAGAGCCGCAAUAAGAAAUAACCAAAGAUGAAGCUGGUCAAAUAUUUUCAUAACUUGUCUCUGCUGUUUUGUUUUGUUGUUGUUGUUGUUGGGGUUUUUUUUUUUUUUUUUUG